UUUAAUGAAGCAGGCGGAGUCAGUUUCCAUGGUGUGAACACAACAAGACAGGCAGCGAGGACUUCCUGCCAAGCCUGAGCAUUGCAGACGGCAAACAAGAUAUUGCUUUUCUUGAUCAUGGAACUGACCAAACUGUCCGACAUGACAAAGCUCCACCAAGCUGUGGCUGCAGGGGACUACAAUUCAGUGAAAAAGAUUUUGAAGAAAGGUCUCUGUAACCCAAACUACAAGGACGUGGACUGGAAUGACCGAACCCCACUUCACUGGGCUGCGAUCAAGGGACACAUGGAGGUGCUACAGCUCCUGAUAAAACACGGAGCCCGGCCGUGCCUGGUAACUGAUGUGGGCUGGACCCCCGCUCAUUUUGCAGCUGAAUCAGGCCAUCUGAACGUGCUCAAAGCCCUCCAUGCCUUGCAUGCCGCCAUCGACGCCCCCGACUUCUUUGGAGACACGCCAAAGAGGAUCGCACAGAUCUAUGGGCAGAAAGCCUGUGUGGCGUUCCUGGAAAAGGCUGAACCCCAGUGCCGGGAAUAUCGCCAGGCCGCCAGGCGGAUGGGGCUGCAACUCGAUCAGCGAGAUGAAGACUGGGAUGCCAAGAAGAGGGAGCUGGAGCUGUCUCUUCCUUCCUGGAAUAAAAACACUAAUAAGAAAAAGAGCAAGAAAACCGGAGGCCCCAGCAGGCUCAGCAAUACCAAGGAGAGGGGAGCGUGA